AUGACAAAUAGCCAACAACAACAACAACAAGUCAUGGGAAAAGGUCAUAGUAAAGAAAAGAGAAGUAAUAGUACCUCGAACGGUGGAGGUAAAUCUUCUUCUAAAAAGGACAAGAAACGUCAAAGUGUAAAUGGAGUAAAACAAGAUUCUUCUGUACAACCAACUGUAGAUAAUAAGACCAACACCACCAAUACCACUUCAACAACAACAACUCAGGAGCCAGUUACAACAACAGCUGCUUCACAACAACAAAAUACAGACCAACAAACCAACAACAACACUAAUGGUAGUGAAAAGUCAACAAGUGUAACUAGUAAUCCAGGUUCACCAACCCUUUCACCAUCUUCUGCCUCACAAAAGCAAUCACUUAGUAUCACUGCUGCAGAAGGUAUCAACAAGGAAAAUGGAGCAACAGAGGCAUCUGGACAUGAUUCACCAUCGAUUGGUAGCAGCAACAGUGGAGGUGGAUUAGGUAACAACGACGACGGUGACGAAGGUCCCGAGGAGACAAUCUUUUCAAAGAACAAACAAACAGUUACAAAAGAUGACUUUGAUCUUCUUUCGGUCAUUGGAAAGGGUAGUUUUGGAAAGGUGAUGCAAGUAAAGAAAAAAGACGACGGAAAAAUCUAUGCCAUGAAGGUACUCAGAAAGGAUGCCAUCAUAGCUCGUAAACAAGUCAAUCACACAAAAUCGGAAAAGACAAUUCUUCAAGGUGUCUCUCAUCCAUUCAUUGUUAAUCUUCAUUUUGCUUUCCAAACAAGAGAUAAACUUUAUAUGAUUUUAGAUUUUGUAAAUGGUGGAGAGUUAUUCUAUCAUCUCAAGAGAGAAGGUAGAUUCUCAGAGCCAAGAGUAAAGUUGUAUGCAGCUGAAAUUGUAUCUGCAUUGGCACAUUUGCAUCAACAAGAUAUUGUCUAUCGUGAUCUCAAGCCAGAGAAUAUCCUUCUCGAUUCUGAUGGACACAUUUGUAUCACUGAUUUUGGAUUGUCAAAAAAGAUUGAAACAACAGAUGGUACCUUUACAUUUUGUGGUACACCAGAAUAUCUCGCACCAGAGGUACUCAAUGGUCACGGUCACGGUUGUGCUGUCGAUUGGUGGAGUUUGGGUACUCUUCUCUUUGAAAUGCUCACUGGUCUUCCACCAUUUUACUCGCAAAACGUUAGCAUGAUGUAUCAAAAAAUUUUGAAUGGUGAACUCAAAAUUCCAUCCUACAUUUCACCAGAGGCAAAAUCAUUGUUGGAAGGCCUGUUGACUAGAGAUGUCGACAGACGUCUUGGUAGCAAGGGUGGUCCAGAGGUUAAAAAUCAUCCAUGGUUCAAGAAUAUCGACUGGGACAUGCUUGACAGAAAGGAGAUAGAGGUUCACUUUAAGCCAAAGGUAAAGUCUGGAACUGAUACCUCUCAAAUUGAUCCUGUAUUUACUCAAGAAAGACCAAUGGACAGUGUUGUUGAAGGUACCACUCUUGCUGAUGCCAUAAGUAAAGAUAACAGUUUUGAAGGUUUUACCUAUGUAGCAGAUUCUGUAUUAAAAAUUUAA